CCGCAGUGCGCCCUCGCCGCCGCCGCCAUGACACUUGAGGCACAGUAGGCGAGAGCGCAGAGGGGGAGCGAUGCCCAAAGCUUGCUCGGCCAUUAACUGCCCCAACCGGGACACCCGGGAGAACCGGGCCAAAGGCCUCUCUUUCCACAGCUUCCCCAAGGCUCAUGAACUGAGGAAGAAGUGGAUGCUUGCUGUGAACCGCAUUGAACCCGGCUCCAGGAAGCUGUGGAUCCCCGGUUCUGGCGCUUGCCUUUGCUCAGAGCACUUCAACCAAGAGGAGUUUGAGGUCUAUGGAGGUCAGAAGAGGCUGAAGGCCGGCGUGAUCCCCUCUGUGUUCUCCUUCAAGGUAUCCCAGCUAAAGGAAGAGACUGAACUCACUGACGGGCAACAUCCAUCAAAGUCCCUUAAAGCCAUGGGCAUCCAUUGUCCAGCAGCCAGUGUUAGGGAGGCGGCUUCAUCAGCUGACACAUCUCCAGUACAAUCCAAAGUGGUGGAACUCAUCCAAGCUGAACAUCAGUACAGUCUGAAUGAACUGAUGGAUGGAAGAACAACAUCUUUUGGCUUCUCUGGCCCAAAGCUGGGGAGUGAAAGGGGGAAAGAUGCAGCCCAGCGCCGCCUCUCCUACUACCAGCAGGAGCUAUGGAACGUGUUGGGGAGCCUGCGGGAGCAGCAUCUCCUCCAGGAGGAGGCCGAGCACAUGCUGAAAUCUCAGUUCAGCGAUCUGCAACUCAGCUUGCAAUAUGAGGAAGCACGGUGUGAAAGCUACCCAACUGUCACCCGCAACUUUGCAGUCUCCCUGCACUUGUUCUCAGCCAAGGCCUAUGAAUUCAUGAAGAAGACUUUUCAACUUCCAGAGACUGCAACUUUGCACACGUGGCUCUCAAACUCAGAUUGCAAACCGGGAUUCAGUGAACAAGCCUUCAAUGCUUUGGCUGAGAGGUCUCAACCAGCACAACAAACCUGCAAGAAGUGCUCUCUCCUUAUUGGCACAAUGCCUCUGGAAAAGAGAAUCUAUUAUGACCCAUCUACCAGGCGUCUCCAAGGCCUGGUGGACUUUGGUGCUGGGAGUUAUGAUGCUGAUGAGAUUUUGGCAGCAGGAGAAGCACUCCUGUUUGUGGCUGUUGGAUUUCAACAUCAGUGGGUUGUGCCUCUGGGCUACUUCCUCCUUGCUACUCCUAGAGGUGACAUACAGGCCCAGCUCCUCCGGCACUGUAUCCUCAAACUGCAUAAUGUUGGCCUGCAGGUAAUCUCAGUAACAUCUGAUGCCACAGCUCCUAAUAUUGACACUGCCAGGCGAUUGGGAGUAGUGGUAGAUGGUCUCACUGUCAAGUCUACAUUUUUCCAUCCAGCCACCCCUACGCUGGAAAUCGCAUACUAUUUUGACUCUAGUCAUCUCUUGUCACUAAUCCAUAACUUUCUGCAGACGAAUGGCAGCCUUCAAGUGAGCAGCAAGGCGGUCUGCUGGGACUACCUUUUACGUCUGGGGGCUUUGCAGGAAACAGAAUUGCUCCAGGCAGCAUGUUAUGCUGGAGGGAUCAGGCUGCAGGAUCAACAAGUUUGGGUAAAUGGCACCACACAGGUUUUUAGCGAGGGAACUGUUCAGGCAUUGGAUUUUGCUGCCAAAUUAGGCCUGCCCCAGUUUCAAGGUCAUGAGGCAACCACUCAAUUCAUUGGACUUCUGAGUAAUGUUUUUGAUAUAUGCAACAGCUGGAGUGCCUUUGGGAAAGGCUCCAAAGCACCACUAUCCUCUGCCAGUGUGGACAUUCUCAGUAAUCUUUGCAAUGAGUAUGAGAACCUGCUUCGCAAACUGCGCACUGCCUCAGGGGAGUUCCUGGAGUUGAGUAAGCAUCGAUGGGGCUUCCUAGGCUUCCUGGUGAAUCUGCGCAGCUUGCAGUGGCUGGUGCAGGCCCAUUUAUUGGUAGAAGAAAGCCCCAUGACUUAUCUGCUUCCUUGCUGGUGGAGCUUGGAUGCUCUGGAAUGGUGCAGAGGAGCCAUACGGAAAGAGUGUGGGACCAAGAACAUUGCCACAGCAGGGAAUUUCAAGGAUGCAUAUAAGCUGGUCUUAAAUAAAGCUGUUUCUGGUCUGGGUCUCGACACACCAAACCUGCUCGACAUAUCCUUAUGCAGACGGGCUAGCCUCCAGUUACAGGCCUCUUGGCCUCUAGGACAGGGACAAAUCUGGCAGUUGCAAUGGGGGUCUGGGUUUCCCCAAAAAAUGAAUAAUGUAAGUGUAGACCCAGCUUUUCUGGCUGAGUUAAAGGAAGACACAGUCACCUAUAUUUCUUGUGCCAUUUUGGGGAAGCUGCUGCCACUCCUGUCCUGCGCCAAAUGCCGCGCUGCCCUUUUGCGCCCUUGUGGAGGAGUGCCUACAGACUCUGCCCUGAUGUUUGUGGAGAGCAAGGGUGGAAAAUAUCUCCCAGCAAAGUCUGUGCAAAGAGUGAUCUGCAGAGCAAAGCAAAUUGUUAGCCUUUCUUCCUUGUUUCUCAAAAACUCCUGGCGUCAUGGGCACUUAGCACAGGAGUUGGCCAUUUUGGCAGAAGUGAGCGAGGAACCUGAUCUUUUCCCAUCCCUGGUGGAUCAUGUCUUUGAGAGCAACACUUUGGUUUCCAACCAUUAUGUCACUUUGUUACAGGCUCUUGUGAGAACCUUCUUGGAGCUUUGGUUUAGGUUAGUGCAAGGACCACAAUGCAUGCCAGUGGCUCAAGAAUGUCACUCCACGAAGGAGGCGGACCGUAAGCAAAGCAUGAGGGGCCCCAGGAAACCCUUGGGACACCCUUGGAAGUGGCCCCAGGAAAUUCUUGGACUCAAGGAAUGGUACCGAGCUCUCUGAAGAUGGACAAGAGUUCACUUCCAAAUACCAGUAUGUGACCUAGUGAGUGAAAAGGAAGCUCAUAGGAUACAAGCUCAUAGAAAAUGGUGAGACGGUGUUAUUGGGAAUGCAAAAAUAGAGGCAAGGAGAAUCGAUAUACAGAAGGGCCUUUCUAGAGGCAACUUUUCAAGUAAAAUUGUUGCAUGGUGUGGGCAACGGCGCUCACACAUGUGGCCAAGUGAGAUAAGGGCUUUGCUGGUCAUAAUUGCAGGGUUUACAGUGGGGAUAAAGGGCAAAGUUCAGCCUUUCUGAUACUGUGGGAUUGCAACCUAACCAGAAUAGUAAAAUGGUGAGGAAUUCUGAGAAAAAAAAUGUCUAAAAACAUCUAAACUCUAACCUGUCACCACCAGGACUUGGAAACAUUCUAGAUAUACAAAGAAUGGAUAAAUAUUGUAGGGCCAAUACUGCUGUUAACAAUGUCAAUUGUAAUUAUUAGAUUACGUGACAUCACAGUGAAGAAACCUGAAGGAAGAAUAGAUUGUAUUUACACUUUCAAUAUUCUGAUAGUUGCAAAAUGAAGGAAA